AUGAAGUUUCAUGCCAUUGAUCUCCCUAAUGGAAAAUACACACAACCCAACAACAGCCACAAAAAUAUUUUUCUGCUAGCCCUGACCUUAGUUCUGCUCACUACAAUCCCUCUCUGUCUAAACAACAUCUCAAAUUCCCCAUUGCCGUCUCCUAAGAACAAUGCCGGCGGUUCAAAAAGCAUCGAAAAAGAAGAUCAAUGCCAAAUAUUUAAUGGGAACUGGGUUCCAUGUCCUGAUGGACCUGCUUACUACACAAAUGAAACUUGCAAUCUGAUCAUUGAUGAGCAAAACUGCAUGAAGUUUGGGAGACCUGAUACGGAGUUCAUGAAAUGGAGGUGGAAGCCUGAUGCUUGUGAGUUGCCCUUGUUUGAUGCAGCUCAGUUCUUGGAGCUUGUUAGAGGCAAGUCAUUGGCUUUCCUUGGUGACUCUGUGGGAAAGAAUCAAAUGCAGUCAUUGCUUUGCCUCUUAGCCAGUGUGGCUUAUCCUGAGGACAUUUCUCAUAAAUAUUCGUCAAACACAGAUUACUUCAAGCGCUAUGUCUACAAUGAUUACAAUUUCACCAUAGCAACUCUCUGGUCCCCCUACUUGGUUAAAUCUAGAGACGCAGAUCCUAGUGGACAUGACAUCAACAGCCUCAUGAGCCUCUACUUAGAUGAGCCCGACGAGGCAUGGCUAACUCAGGUCGAACAAUUCGACUAUGUGAUCGUCUCAGCAGGACAAUGGUUCUUCCGGCCACUAAUGUACCAUGAAAAUGGUCACGUUAUCGGGUGUCACAAGUGCGAAAAAGACAGCAUGACGUCGUUUGUCACCUCCUACGGAUACAGAAAGGCCUUUCAAACGGUGUUUAGAACCCUUCGAAGCCUUAAAAACUACAAGGGGGUGACAUUUCUGAGGACGUUUUCUCCCUCACACUUCGAAAACGGGGCAUGGAACGAGGGAGGGAACUGUGUGAGGACAAGUCCUUUUACCAAAGAAGAAACGAAGCUAGAUGGGUAUGUUUUGGAAAUGUACUUGACUCAAGUGGAGGAGCUAAAAGCAGCACAAGAGCAAGGCCUGCAAAGAGGCCUGCAGUUUAGGUUGAUGGACACAACAGAAGCUAUGUUGCUGAGGCCUGAUGGACACCCAAACUUCUAUGGACACUCACCUCAUAGGAAUAUGACUCUUGCCGACUGUGUUCACUGGUGCUUGCCAGGCCCCAUUGAUACGUGGAAUGAGAUCUUGCUGUCUAUGUUGAAGACGGGGUACAGGCCAUCUCGAUUAUAA